GCAGGCGCCAUGGAGGUGACGGUGGGGACGGCGGCGCUGGCGCUGGCGCUGCUGCUGCUGCCGGUGCUGUACGAGCGCAGCGGCUCCUUCCGCUUCUUCUGCAAGAUGGGCUUCUACAACGGGUGGAUCCUGCUGCUGGCGCUGGUGGCCAUCCCGCUCUGCGCCCUGCGCGGCCGUGACGUUGAGAACAUGAAGAUCAUCCGGGGCCUGAUGCAGCACGUGAAGCACCUCUACGGGAUCCGGAUGGCGGUUCGGGGCGCCCAGCACUUCCCCCCCCGGCAGCCCUACGUCGUCGUCAGCAACCACCAGAGCUCCCUCGACCUGCUGGGGAUGAUGGAGGUGCUGCCGGACCGCUGCGUGCCCAUCGCCAAGCGGGAGCUGCUCUACAUGGGGGCCGUGGGGGUGGCUUGCUGGCUCGGCGGCAUCAUCUUCAUCGACCGCAAGCGGACGCACGAUGCCAUCAGCGUCAUGGCCGAGGCCGCCCACACCAUGCUCAGCCAGGAUGUCCGGGUGUGGGUCUUCCCUGAGGGGACACGCAACCACAGCGGCUCCAUGCUGCCCUUCAAGCGGGGCGCCUUCCACCUUGCCGUCCAGGCACAGGUCCCUGUCGUCCCCAUUGUCAUCUCCUCUUACCAGCACUUCUACAGCAAGCGGGAGCGGAGGUUCACAGCCGGUGAGGGGCUGGGGACCCGGGUCUGGGGGGAGCGUGGGUCACAUGAGGAAUCAGGGGGCCGCAGGUACCGGGGUUGUCACCCUCCCCGGGGGGGGCUCAGCGGGAUGCGGUGCCUGGGGUGA